AUGGGUCUCAGCUACUUCAAUGGCGUAAAGGAUGAUUUGACCAGCCGAGGCUGCAAAGUGAUUGUGCCGAAAGUUAGCAUGACAGGCAGUAUCGACGAGAGGGCCAAGCAGCUCGACUUGCAGAUCGAGGACUUGCUUAACCUCCGUUCUAGUUCGGCCAAGCCCGGCCUCCAUCUCAUUUGCCAUAGUAUGGGUGGCCUCGACGCCAGACGUCUGGUCCACUUUUCAGGACUCAGAUAUAAUGUACUGUCCAUCACCACGGUAUCGACGCCCCACUACGGAUCACCCAUCGCUUCGUUGUCCGAAAGCUUGGGCUUCGUCAGUAGAUUGUCGUGCCAACUCCUGCUUAGCUGUCUGUCGGGGUCUGGAAAGGCCAUGAAUGAUAUGACGCCGGAGCACAUGGAAAACUUCAAUGCUCGCUACAAAAAUGUCCCGGGAAUCAAGUAUUACAGCGUUACGUCGAAGUUUCAGCCAUUCGUCAAUCACAUCUUUUACAUCUCCAAUAAAUUCAUCAAGAAAGGCUCCAGCUCCAAAUAUCCCAAGGCUUUUGGAGAGAAUGACGGAAUGGUCGCUGUCAACUCCGCAAAAUGGGGUGAGUUCCUCGGUGUUGUAAGCGACGAAACCAGCCACUUCGGCAUUAUUGGCUGGGGAAUCAUGGGCAUCCUGGCGGGCGACUCGAACUACGACGCCAAAGACAUGUAUCGCUGGCUCGUGGACAACGUUGCCAGGAAGGUCGAAGGCAAAGCAGAAUGA